CGUCCCUUCGGCAGGCUGGCGGUGUCCCUAGCUGACAAUGGCUUUCGGAAGGAGCUGCGGGUAACGGAAGACGUGGAGGGCUUGGAGGAAUGGCAACUGACGCUACUUGGGGGGCAGGGUCACCUCGGGGCAGCGCUAGAGGCAGGGGUGGAGGCAGGGGCGGUGGUUUUUUCAGCUGUCCUCACCACCCUGCUGUAUCGCCGAGCUUUUCUGGUGGCGGCUCUUCUCCUCAGUGCCGCCCUAGCCAUCGCCGUGGCGUGUGUCCUGCAGUUGGUGAACGAGGCGUGGAUGGAUGUGACGUCUCUCGCUACAGCACUGCGCUUUGUGGGCGUCUUCACUGUUGGCUGUGCGAGGCUUGGGCUGGGUGUUGUGACGGUGGAGGUCACGCCCACCACCUCCCGUGCCUCAGCUGUGGGUUUGUGUGCCGCCCAAGCAGCCAUCGGGGAGAUUUUGGCGAGCUUUAUGACUGUUAUGGCUAAAAUGACAUAUCCCUCGGUGCCAUGGCUAGUCUCGGCCGGGGGAUGCCUGCUGGCGGCCAUCCUGACACUAGUGCUACCUGAGACCUCCGGCACGACCCUCCCUGACGUGGUAGACGAGGCUGAGGUGGUGGGCCUCGCGAUCAGCGGCCAGGUUAUUAAAUCGUGCUAUGCGAAGUACGGCAGGACGCCCUACUGGACGGAGCUUGACGGGGAGGCCAGUGGAGAAAACCAUCAAGGAAGUCACUGCCACAACAAACCCAGGCGUUACACUAAGAGAUCAGAAGCCAGUUUCUUUUCAACAACGGAAGAACAUAAUGAAGUAGAAAUAAAAAGCAGAGAUCGUCCUCCAUCUUCUCCUGCUUCCCACGAGUCCUCAGACUCUCCCAGUUCUCUCAUGUCGCUGGUUGACGUGAGUCGAGUGAACGGUAACAACUCUGACACGAGUGACUCAAGUGAUAAUGAUGUUCAUACAGUCAUGGGAAGAACGAAUCCGAAUACUGAGGAAUCACCAAAAACUUCUGAGAGUUCUCAUCUGAAGGCAAUCAAAAUCCAUCAAAGGCCCUUACCUGCGAUUCCUGACGAGGCAAACCCGCUUCCAUCAGGGCAAAAGGAUGAGACUAAUGACUCCAAGGAUCAAAAUAAGAACAAAGAGGCGAGUCCUGAGGCAACGGCUUUCUAUGAGGGAUCAGUGGAGAACGACUUCAGUAUGUCGGUGUUUUCUCUCAAAUUUAGACACAUCAAGAGGCCAAUUAGCCCCACAGAGAGAAAGGCAAAGACAGACCUGCAUUACACUUCGUCGUUCUCCUCCACGUGCACCUACCGACCCAGAAAAACACUGAUCCAAGAAUGUGUUUCCCGCCACAGCUUUCAAGAUGACGAGUCGAAUUCCUGCAGUAGUUCCCAGUGUGGAAGAGACUCGGAGUCGCAGUGUGGAAGAGACUCAGAAGAAGGGAACGCUGACACAAUAGAGCCUCUACAAUCCAUCUCUAAGGAAAUUUAUGAGGACAACGAUAAAGAAAAGGAAAAGGAACAGCUAACGGAUGCACAAAAAUACAGUAAAUCUAGAAAUACUCCUCAUAAUCUCAAACUGCUCUAUUCAAGCAAAACAUGCACUCAUAAAACCAAAACAACUCUUGCUGAGACGGAAGAGACACUACCAUCAACAUUUAUGCAUCCUUCAAGAGAGCAAACAAGCAGCAAUUUAAACCCAGAACAGUCACCUGAACCCAAACCCCAAAAAAGACGUUACUUGCCCGUCACACGACUUUCGAAGUGUGACGCCCUACCUGACACGCCCUAUUCUCGAAAAGGAAAAGCUUUAAGUAAGACUCACUCAGCUCGGUGUUCCCUACGUGCCACAGACACUGGUUCUGGAGGUCAGAGAAGGGAAGCAGGUGAACCAGUAUUCAAGGCUGCGACCGGUGAAUGGGGAACAGGUAAGGCAGAGAGGGAGGAAAAAGCAACCAUAUUACGACGCAUAAACCAAAUCCAGAGUGCUAUGUCCGGUGGUAAAAGUAAGGCAGCAGGAAAGGAUGCGACACACAACGUGGAUGAAAUAAAAACAGAUGAAAGGCUAGUCUGAAACUAUUACCGCCGCAAACACAACGCAAAAGCGGCGGUAAUGGAGCCAUAGGGUCAGUGUGUCGGCGCGAGGCGGAACACUUGGGUUGGUGGCAAGGUGUUCCGGUGCUCAGAGACUAGUUGGGAUGGAUGACCAGGAGGAGCAGGAGUUGGCUUAGUUGGUCGUGGGAGAUCUGUGAUAAUUGGAUAUUAAAUUUGGAUUACCCCGCAGCGCAGAACCAGGAUCGCCAAGUAGAACAAGGCUGACAUGUAAAAGAGAGGCUGACGGGAGGAAGUGGCUGCUGAAGUUAAUGCAAAGGAACAGCAUCACUAAACAAUUUCAUGCAUGUGAGUUGCAGGCAAAAAAGAAC